AUGCCGACAGAGUCGGAAGGUUCGGCAACGGCAAGCACCGAUGAUCGGGGAAACUCGAUUUGGACUUUGCUUCCUUCUUUCGAUCCUGGCAGCGAUGACCCCCGAGAGUAUCGAGACAAGGUUCUUUUCCUGCGUGGCAUUUGCCCACAGAAGGAUAAAGCAAUGCUGGCACCGAGACUGGCAAUGCUUUGCAAAGGCACGGCCUGGAGUCAGGUGAAGAACAUUGAGCCGAGCAAGCUGACAGAUCCAGAUGGUGGAGUGAAGGUCCUCCUUCUAGCUCUCUCGAGCUGGGAUGAGGCGGCUGAGCUCCAGACUUACGACAAGUGUGAGAAGGCCCUUUACAGGAUCCAGCAAAAAGGGGAUGAAACCACAAUGUCCUUUGUGAAUCGCUUGAGUGUUGCGUUCCAUGAGCUGGGCGACAGUGUCACGAUCAAAGAGCUCAAGGCAUUCAUUUUGUUACGUCAAAGCAACCUGAAUGCGGAGGACAAGCGCAAGGUCAUUACUUUGACCGGAGGCACGUUGGACGCCCCCAAGAUCGAGAAUGCAAUGCGAACUUUGUCUACCAAGAUCUUGGGAAGCAGCCUCGAAGGGAAGAAACGGAUCUAUCCCGCCAACUAUGUUGACGACGACGACUAUGAAGACGCCAAUCUGGCGGAAGAGGACCGUGACGAAGACUUGGUCAUCGAACAGCUGGCCGAGAAUGGAGAUGAAGACGCUAUCUUCGUCACCGAGUACGAAAACCAGAUCCUUGAUCUUGUUCAAGAACUUCCCGAGCUCGCAUCGUGCUUUAGCAGCUACACUGCUGCGCGACAGCGCUUGAAGGAUCGACAGCCAAUGCGUCGCACGCUGGCGGAGAGGAUCGCGUCAUCCUCCUGCCGCAUAUGCGGCGUCAAAGGACAUUGGCGUCUUGAAUGUCCACAACGUCCCGGAGCCACCUCCACCGGCAACCAGGAGACUUCCAACUACGCCACCGUCACCUUGACGCAGGGCAGCCAGAACGAGGACGACCCCGAGAUCGUGAAUGAGCUUCCCUGGGACGUGGUGAACUCCGACAGUAAGACACCAUUCCUCCUGUCCAAUGCAGUGAUGCGACAGUUGCGGGGUCAAUUGAAUUUUGACACCAACACCUUGUGGAUUCCGGAAUCGGGAAAAGGAUUCAACAUGCAGUUCCACCUGACAGCGCAGCCGUUCAAGAUCAGCCUGAUUCCCCGCAUCCACUUGGUGUUGAUCCGCUUCGUGGCGCUCCUCAUGGCAACCCCAUCGGAGAUUCUGGACAAGGAGCUGCGCCUCGAGGAGGACGUGGACCUCAACCUGACCUACGUGGGGCCAGCUCAGACAACAAAGCCGGUCGGUGUCAAUUCGCUUCGCCAGAGGGGCACCUUCAUCCUGGAGGACGGCAGGUUCAAGGGCAAGACCUUUCUGGACACAGUCGACAACCAUCCCGAGUACGUUCGAUAUAUCAUCAAUCGAAGGGUCACGGCCAAGUCCCUGGUGAGCUUCCAAAACUUCUGCCGCGCGAUGGAGAAUGCCAAGGCACAGAAGAAGAUGGAGAGCCAGCCGGAGAAACCGGCUAGGGGGAUGACGCAAGGGCCAAUCCUUCCAAAGGCCACGUCCAAGAGUGCAAGCUCGAGCAGCAAGCGCUCAAGUCAGAGCACGUGGGAGGUGAUCAGCGAACAGGAGACGGCAAUGAACAUGGAGGGCAACGAGGAUCAAAAGCAGGCCUUGUUGACACAGAUCGCGGUGCUUCAGAGGCAGCUGGAGCAGUUGGGCUGA